GUCCCCCCUCCCCGCCGGCCAUGACGGGGCGCGGCACCGCCAGCCGGUUCCUCGGCAGCGUUUUGCACAACGGGCUGGGCCGCUACGUGCAGCAGCUGCAGCGGCUCAGCCUCACCUUCAGCAGGGACGCGCAGACCUCCCGCGGCGUCAGGGACUACAUAGAGACGCGGAUCCUGGACUUUGCCAAGAAGAACCCCGGGGUCGUGGUGUACCUGAACCCCAAGCCCUGCCGCGUGCCCAAGCUGGUGACCGAGUACCUGAACGGUGCAGUGAGAGAGGAGCCCGUCACCAAUAAGAACGUGGAUCAGAUUGCCGAACUGAUCCAGACCCGGGCUAACCAAUCCGGGCUGGAGAUCAUCCGUAUCCGGAAGCCUUACCACACAGACACGCCGAGCAUUCAGGGUCAGUGGCAUCCAUUCACCAACAAGCCUCCGACGCUGACAGUAAAGGACCUCCAGAGAAACAACACGGCAAGGGCGCUGCAGGAAUGAGAGGACCGAGGGGAAAGUGAUUGAGUGAUGCGCUCGAACCUUUGCUCUCUUUCCCUAGCCUUUUUAUUGGUAUUACUCUGUGAAUAAAGCUACUGGCAGUGGGGAGUCUCUCCAGUGCAAUCAAGUCA